AUGUCUUACGAUAACAAUCACAACUACUACGAUCCUAACCAACAGCAGGCUCAUCCUGCUGAUGGUGAGGGUUACUACCAACAGGGUCCCUACGAUGAGAUGGGCCAGCCGGUCCAGCAGUAUCAGGAGGGUGGUGACUACUACGACCCAAACCAGCAGUACCAACAGCAACCUUAUGACGAUGGUUACAACAACUAUGGUCAACAGGCCGGCUACAAUGCCGACCCAGAAGCCUUUUCUGACUUCAGCUAUGGUGGCCAGAAUCCAGGUACUCCAGGUUACGACCAGUAUGGAACGCAGUACACUCCAUCUCAGAUGAGCUACGGUGGUCCUCGUUCGUCCGGUGCUUCCACCCCAAUUUAUGGUGGUAACCCAAACUACGAUCCAACUCAGUUCCAGUUAUCCUCUAACUUGCCUUAUCCCGCAUGGUCUGCCGACCCUCAGGCUCCAAUUAAGAUUGAGCACAUUGAGGAUAUCUUUAUUGACUUGACCAACAAAUUCGGUUUCCAAAGAGAUUCUAUGAGAAACAUGUUUGAUUAUUUCAUGACCUUGUUGGACUCCAGAUCCUCACGUAUGUCUCCGGCUCAGGCUUUGUUGUCUUUGCACGCCGACUACAUUGGUGGUGACAACGCCAACUACAGAAAGUGGUUCUUUGCAUCUCAGCAAGAUUUGGAUGACUCCCUUGGUUUCGCCAACAUGAACUUGGGCAAAUUGGGUAAGAAGGCUAGAAAGGCCUCCAAGAAGUCCAAGAAGGCUAGAAAGGCUAUCGAAGAGCACGGCCAAGACUUGGAUGCUUUGGCUUCCGAGUUGGAAGGCGAUUACUCUUUGGAUGCUGCUGAAAUUAAGUGGAAGGCAAAGAUGAAUGUCUUGUCUCCCGAAGAAAGAGUGAGAGACAUUGCUCUUUACCUCUUAUUGUGGGGUGAGGCCAAUCAAGUCCGUUUCACUCCAGAAUGUCUUUGCUUUAUCUACAAGACUGCUAUGGAUUACUUGAUGUCUCCUCAGUGUCAGCAGAGACAGGAGCCUGUUCCAGAGGGUGACUACUUGAACAGAGUUAUCACCCCAAUUUACAGAUUCUUGAGAUCUCAGGUGUAUGAGAUCUACGAGGGCAGAUUUGUCAAACGUGAGAAGGACCACAACAAGAUUAUUGGUUACGAUGAUGUCAACCAGUUGUUCUGGUACCCAGAAGGUAUUUCUAGAAUCAUUUUUGCUGAUGGCACUAGAUUGGUCGAAAUCCCCCAAGAGGAGAGAUAUUUGCGUUUGGGAGAAGUCGAGUGGCAGAAUGUUUUCUUCAAGACUUAUAAAGAAAUCAGAACUUGGUUGCAUUUCAUUACCAAUUUCAACAGAAUUUGGGUUAUUCACAUCGUCAUGUACUGGAUGUACACUGCUUACAACUCUCCAACGUUGUACACUAAGAAUUACAUUCAGACUGUUAAUAACCAACCAACUCAAUCUUCCAAGUGGGCAGCACCUGCUAUUGGAGGUACUAUUGCUUCUUUCAUUCAGAUUCUUGCUACUGUUUUCGAAUGGAUGUUCGUUCCAAGAGAAUGGGCUGGCGCUCAACACUUGACUCGUCGUUUGCUUUUCUUGUUGUUGAUCUUUUUCGUUAACCUCGCACCCGUCGUCUAUGUCUUUUACUGGGCUGGAUUGGAAGCCAUUUCUAAAUCGGCUCAAAUUCUUUCCAUUGUUUCCUUUUUCAUUGCCGUGGUUACUUUAAUCUUUUUUGCUAUCAUGCCCUUGGGAGGUUUGUUCACGCCGUACUUGAACAAGAGAUCCAGAAAGUACUUGGCUUCCCAGUUGUUCACUGCCAACUUCUACAAGUUAAAGGGCUUGGACAUGUGGAUGUCUUACUUACUUUGGGUCACUGUUUUUGCCGCAAAGUUUUCUGAAUCUUACUUUUUCUUGAUUUUGUCUCUUAGAGAUCCUAUCAGAAACUUGUCCACCACCACCAUGAGAUGUAACGGUGAGUAUUGGUUCGGUGACACUUUAUGUAAGCAGCAAGCAAAGAUUGUUCUCGGUUUGAUGAUUCUUGUUGAUAUGUUAUUGUUCUUCUUGGAUACCUACAUGUGGUACAUUGUUUGUAACUGUGUGUUCUCCAUCGGUCGUUCCUUCUACUUGGGUAUUUCUAUCUUGACGCCAUGGAGAAACAUUUUUACCAGAUUGCCAAAGAGAAUCUAUUCUAAGAUCUUAGCUACUACUGAGAUGGAAAUCAAGUACAAACCAAAGGUUUUGAUCUCUCAGGUUUGGAAUGCUAUCGUCAUCUCCAUGUACAGAGAGCAUUUGUUGGCCAUUGAUCACGUCCAAAAGUUGUUAUACCACCAGGUUCCUUCUGAAAUUGAGGGUAAGAGAACCUUGAGAGCUCCAACUUUCUUCGUUUCUCAAGAUGACAACAACUUCGAGACUGAGUUCUUCCCUAGAAACUCCGAGGCAGAGAGACGUAUUAGUUUCUUCGCCCAGUCUUUGGCUACUCCAAUUUUGGAGCCAUUGCCUGUCGAUAACAUGCCAACUUUCACUGUGUUCACUCCUCACUACGCCGAGAAGAUUUUGUUGUCUUUGAGAGAAAUUAUCAGAGAGGAUGACCAAUUCUCUAGAGUUACUUUGUUGGAGUACUUGAAGCAAUUGCACCCGGUUGAGUGGGACUGUUUCGUCAAGGACACUAAGAUUUUGGCUGAAGAGACUGCUGCCUACGAAAACGGUGACGAAGAAGACAAGAACGAGAACGGCUUGAAAUCAAAGAUUGAUGACUUGCCAUUCUACUGUAUUGGUUUUAAGUCCGCUGCUCCUGAGUACACCUUGAGAACCAGAAUCUGGGCAUCUUUAAGAUCGCAAACUUUGUACCGUACUGUUUCUGGUUUCAUGAACUAUGCUAGAGCCAUCAAGUUGUUAUACCGUGUUGAAAACCCUGAAUUGGUUCAGUACUUUGGUGGUGACCCUGAGGGAUUGGAAAUUGCAUUGGAGAAGAUGGCCAGAAGAAAGUUCAAGUUCGUCGUCUCCAUGCAGAGAUUGGCUAAGUUCAAGGAGGAUGAAAUGGAAAACGCUGAGUUCUUGUUGAGAGCUUACCCAGACUUGCAGAUUGCAUUCUUGGACGAAGAGCCUCCAUUGAACGAGGACGAGGAACCACGUGUCUACUCUGCUUUGAUUGAUGGUCAUUGCGAAGUUUUAGAGAACGGUAGACGUCGUCCUAAGUUCAGAGUGCAGUUGUCCGGUAACCCAAUUUUGGGUGACGGUAAGUCCGAUAACCAGAACCAUGCUGUUAUUUUCCACAGAGGUGAAUAUAUUCAGUUGAUUGAUGCCAACCAGGACAACUAUCUCGAAGAAUGUUUGAAAAUUAGAUCUGUCUUGGCUGAGUUUGAAGAAUUGAAUGUUGAACAUGUUAACCCUUACGCUCCAAACUUGAAGAACUCCGUCGAGGAGUCGGCUGCUCCUGUUGCCAUCUUGGGUGCCAGAGAAUACAUUUUCUCUGAGAACUCUGGUGUUUUGGGUGAUGUUGCUGCUGGUAAGGAACAAACUUUCGGUACUUUGUUCGCCAGAACUUUGGCUCAAAUUGGUGGUAAAUUGCAUUAUGGUCACCCUGAUUUCUUGAACGCUACUUUCAUGUUGACAAGAGGUGGUGUUUCGAAGGCACAAAAGGGAUUGCAUUUGAACGAAGAUAUUUAUGCCGGUAUGACAGCUAUGUUGAGAGGAGGUAGAAUCAAGCAUUGUGAAUACUACCAGUGUGGUAAGGGUAGAGAUAUGGGUUUUGGCUCUAUUUCCAAUUUCACCACCAAGAUUGGUGCUGGUAUGGGUGAACAAAUGUUGUCCAGAGAAUACUACUACUUGUCCACCCAGUUGCCAUUGGACAGAUUCUUGUCUUUCUACUACGGUCAUCCAGGUUUUCACAUCAACAACUUGUUCAUUCAGUUAUCUUUGCAAACAUUUAUGUUGGUCUUGGCUAACUUGAACUCUUUGGCUCAUGAAUCUGUUUUGUGUGACUACGACAAGAACGUUCCUGUCACCGACAGAUUGAAGCCAUACGGUUGUUACAACUUGGCUCCAGCUGUUGAUUGGAUCAGACGUUAUACUUUGUCCAUUUUCAUCGUCUUUUUCAUUUCUUUCAUUCCAUUGACUGUUCAGGAGUUAAUCGAAAGAGGUCUUUGGAAGGCCACUCAAAGAUUCUGCAGACAUUUCAUCUCUUUGUCUCCAUUGUUCGAAGUUUUCAUUGCUCAGAUUUACUCCACAUCUUUGUUUACUGACUUGACCGUUGGUGGUGCCAGAUAUAUUUCAACUGGUAGAGGUUUCGCUACUUCUCGUAUUCCAUUUUCUAUUUUGUUCUCGAGAUUUGCUGAUUCUUCCAUCUACUUGGGUGCCAGAUCCAUGUUGAUUAUUUUGUUUGGUUCUGUUUCCCACUGGCAAGCUCCAUUGUUGUGGUUCUGGGCAUCUUUAUCUGCAUUAAUGUUCUCUCCAUUUGUCUUCAACCCACAUCAGUUCGCUUGGGAUGAUUUCUUCAUUGAUUACCGUGAUUUCAUCAGAUGGUUGUCUCGUGGUAACACCAAGUGGCACAGAAACUCGUGGAUCGGUUACGUCAAGCUUUCUAGAUCUAGAGUCACUGGUUUCAAGAGAAAGUUGACUGGUGACAUUUCUGAGAAGUCUGCUGGUGACGCAAGCAGAGCUCACAGAUCCAACAUCAUCAUGGCUGACUUGUUGCCUUGCCUCUUCUACACCGCAGGUUUGUUUGUUGCAUACACCUACAUUAACGCCCAGACUGGUGUGACUAGAUGGGAAGUGAGUGGUAGAAGUUCUACUGAUCCUAUUCAAGUGAACUCUACCGUUAGAGUGCUUGUUUGUGCAUUGGCUCCUGUUGUUAUCAACAUGGGAUGCUUGGGUGUUUGUCUUGGUUUGGCUUGUUGUGCUGGUCCAAUGCUUGGAAUGUGCUGCAAGAAGACAGGUGCUGUCAUUGCCGGUGUUGCCCAUGGUGUUUCUGUUAUUGUCCACUUGAUUUUCUUCAUUGUUAUGUGGGUCUUGGAGGGAUUCAACUUCGCCAGAAUGUUGAUCGGUCUCAUCACUAUGAUUUACAUUCAGAGAUCUUUGUUCAAGAUUAUGACUUUAUUGUUCUUGACCAGAGAGUUUAAGAAUGACAAGUCUAACACUGCCUUCUGGACUGGUAAGUGGUACAACACUGGUAUGGGAUACAUGGCCUUCACUCAACCAGCCAGAGAAUUCUGCGCUAAGAUCAUCGAGAUGUCCGAGUUUGCAGGUGACUUCGUCUUGGCUCACAUCAUCUUGAUUGUUCAAUUGCCUAUUUUGUUCAUUCCAUUGAUUGACAGAUGGCAUUCCACCAUGUUGUUCUGGUUGAAGCCUUCGAGAUUGAUCAGACCUCCAAUCUACUCAUUGAAGCAGGCUAAGUUGAGAAAGAGAAUGGUGAGAAAGUACUGUACUUUGUACUUCUUGAUUUUGGUGCUCUUUGUCGUUAUCAUCGCAGCUCCAGCCGUUGCCGCCACACAUAUUCCUGAUGACAUUGGAACUUCUUUGUCUGGUGUUUUCCAAGGUGUCUUCCAACCAAGAGGAACCAGCAAGAACGAUACUGGUAAGGUCUCUUCUUGGUGGAGUUCGAACGACAACGUGAAAAUUACAUUCUGGAGUUUCACUCCAUCUCAUACGAAAACAUACACCACCAAGGCUUUCUAA